AGAACCCAGAAGAACACAGCUGUGCGCGCCCAGAGGCUCUGGGGGCGGGAGAGGAUAAGUCGCAAGGAGGGGGCGGGACCUACACCUCAGGAAAGCCGGAGGAUUGGGGCACGAAGCGGGGCUUUGAUGACCCGCAAAGGGCGAGGCAUGCAGGAGGUGGAGGAAUUAAGUGAAAUAGGGAAGGUUGUUAAACAGGACCCUGUGGGCGAGGCCUUAAGGGGCGUGGUCCUUGUCUGGGCGGGGUCUUUGGGCGCCGACGAGGCCUGGUUCUGGGUGGGCGGGGCUACUAUGGGGCAGUGCCUGCUGUAAAAAUGCCGGCCCGCGCGCUUCUGCCCAGGCGCAUGGGGCAUCGUACUCUAGCCUCUGCUCCUGCCCUGUGGGCCUCCAUCCCGUGCCCUCGCUCUGAGCUGCGCCUGGACCUGGUUCUGCCUUCUGGACAGUCCUUCCGGUGGAGGGAGCAAAGUCCUGCACACUGGAGUGGUGUACUAGCGGAUCAAGUAUGGACACUGACUCAGACUGAGGAGCAGCUCCACUGCACUGUGUACCGAGGAGACAAGAGCCAGGCUAGCAGGCCCACACCAGAUGAGCUGGACGCCGUGCGCAAGUACUUCCAGCUAGAUGUCACCCUGGCUCAACUGUAUCACCACUGGGGUUCCAUGGACUCCCACUUCCAAGAGGUGGCUCAGAAAUUCCAAGGUGUGCGACUGCUGCGACAAGACCCCAUCGAAUGCCUUUUCUCUUUUAUCUGUUCCUCCAACAACAACAUCGCCCGCAUCACUGGCAUGGUGGAGCGGCUGUGCCAGGCUUUUGGACCUCGGCUCAUCCAGCUUGAUGAUGUCACCUACCAUGGCUUCCCCAGCUUGCAGGCCCUGGCUGGGCCAGAGGUGGAGGCUCAUCUCAGGAAGCUGGGCCUGGGCUAUCGUGCCCGCUAUGUGAGUGCCAGUGCCCGAGCCAUCCUGGAAGAACAGGGCGGGCUAGCCUGGCUGCAGCAGCUACGAGAGGCCUCAUAUGAGGAGGCCCACAAGGCCCUCUGCACCCUGCCUGGAGUGGGCACCAAGGUGGCCGACUGCAUCUGCCUGAUGGCCCUAGACAAGCCCCAGGCUGUGCCCGUGGAUGUCCAUAUGUGGCAGAUUGCCCAACGUGACUACAGCUGGCACCCUACCACGUCCCAGGCGAAGGGACCGAGUCCCCAGACCAACAGGGAACUGGGAAACUUUUUCCGGAGGCUGUGGGGACCUUAUGCUGGCUGGGCCCAAGCGACUCCACCCUCCUAGGUGCUGUUCAUUGCCGACCUGCGCCAAUCCCGCCGUGCUCAGGAGCCACCAGCAAAGCGCAGAAAGGGUUCCAAAGGGCCAGAAGGCUAGAUGGGACACCCUGGACAAAGGAAUUCCCCAAGCACCUUCCCCUCCAUUCCCCACUUCUCUCUCCCCAUCCCCACCCAG